AUGGAGAACGAAUUGACGCCGAGCUUCGCGCCGUUCUUUGGCAUGAGCGGUAUUGCAUUCGCCAUGAUAUUUGGAUGUGUUGGAGCUGCCUACGGGACGGCCAAGUCCGGCAUAGGCAUUGCGGGCGUUGGAACAUACAGGCCAGACUUGAUCAUGAAGUCCCUGAUCCCCGUCGUCAUGUCCGGUAUCCUGGCCGUGUACGCCCUCGUGAUUUCAGUCCUGAUCGCGAGUGACAUACGGCCGCCCCCUACCAAGAACUACUCGCUAUAUGCUGGAUUCUUGCACAUGGCUGCUGGGCUGUCGGUAGGGCUGGCUGGGUUGGCCGCAGGAUAUGCUAUUGGAAUCGUGGGCGAUGUGGGCGUGCGAGCAUACAUGCGCCAGUCGAGGAUCUUCGUCGGCAUGGUGUUGAUUCUGAUUUUCGCUGAAGUCUUGGGCUUGUAUGGACUCAUUGUUGCUCUUAUCCUCAACACCCGAGCGAGCGGUUGA